AUGGCUUCUUCAACCUUCGUCUGCUUCACGCUUUUGGCUCUUUUGGCUACCUCAGCCAUCCCUCAGGCUCCUGCACACUGGCCACAUUCACCAGCCCCCGCUCCAACGCCCAAGGCUCCGGCUACUCCACCAACUCCUUCUCCAAAGGCCGCACCGCCUACCUUAACUCCUUCCCCAUGGUCUCCACCACCAAUGGCUCCAACUCAUUGUCGACAUGCUCCAGUUGCCAGGCCUCCCAGUUACUCUGGUGGUGCUCCCGAUGAAUCUCCUGCGCCUGCCCCAAGCACCGCUGCAUUGAAUCGAGUUGCUGUUGCUGGAUAUUUAGGCGGAGUCACCGCUAUGGUUGCUUUGUUUAUCUAG